CCGGCCCGGACGGUCUUGUUGGUAGGGGGGAGUGGAGUGGAGUGGUUCUAGCAGAGGGCUAUUGUCAUUGUUCUCUGCUGAUUUUCGGGUCUGGUUGGAUAUUACGUUGUAUUUGGUUGCAUUAUUAUCAGAUUGGACGAUUGUGGUCAAAUAGUUGAGCGUUAGAGCCUCAUUAUUUAUUUUGAAUCGUGGGAAAUAUUUGCUGCAAAUGAACUCUAAUCUAUGAGUGCCUGAGCAAAUUGAAGAUAGUAGCAAAAACUCAUUCCAUUUUUUUUUUUUUUUUUUAAUAUGAGAAGGAUGACAAUAUACUUGAUUAAUUAAUUUAAUUUCACCAAUUUGAAUUAUGGCUGGAAUUGGAAAUUCGAUUACCGAUGAUUUAUAUUUGAAACUAGCAGAGGACAGUGGAAGAGGAAGACAUACAUCUCGUGAGGGGAGAACCAAUUCCAAGUAUAACACAGAUUCGAACAAUGGAAGAAAUCAUUUGCAAAGAGGUGUUUUCCAAGCAGCUACAAACAGAGGAGCAUCCACAUCAAAAGAGAAUAAUUCUAAUCAUGUUGAGGCAUAUCAGAAUGGUGGAAAGAAAAGGAAAUUUUUUCCUGGUACUGGACCAGACAAAACAUUUCAUCAACAACCGAAAGGGAAACCUAGAAAUCAAAGUUUAAAUAGAAGGCAGUUUGGUGUUUUUGACAAGGAAGCAGAUGAAAGUAAUUCCUUUGAAAGACAUAGACCAAUGAAACGAUCACAAAGUACUCAAGGUCGAAAUGAAAAGCCUUACAAAUCCAUGCAAUCAGAAGGAAAUAGUAAACAUCAAGGUCAUUUUAUAAAACAGUUAGGUUUUAGACGUUUACAAGAUUUAUGCAAUAACACCCCCACAGAAAUAGUCACAUUUUUAAUUAACCCAACUUCUGGAUUUGAAGAACUUCUGAAUACAGAUUUGAGGCCAGAUCUUCUCAUUUUAAUUGUAAAGGUUCUGGCAAAAGCUUGUUCAUGUGAUUUUGCAUUCAAUAAAAAUGCUCUUUUGACAAAAACCUGUCAAUCACGAUUUCUUGAAAAUAUUAAAAAGCAUUUGUGUGAUAUGCCUAUUGAGGAGUCUACUGAAAGAAAACAUGGAAUGGGAGCAUUUAUCUCAGAUCUUUUAGUAUAUUAUGAAACAAUAUUAAAUGUACUUCCAAAUACAGCUUCAGACAAAUUUAAAAAUUUAUUUAUUACUACAAAUAUAACAUUAAAAUCAGUAGAGGACUAUCAUCGCAUAAUCUUGACAGAGCAAAUUGAGCAAUUCAGCAAGUUAAAUAAACAAUUGAUGGGUAUGAUUGAAGAACGUCAAACAAAAAACAUUGCAGAAAUUAGCAAAAAUGAGCUCCAAAAAUUUUCUCGCCCUCCUGAUGAUUUUAGAGAAAAAAGUAUUUAUCCUACCCAAGACGAUCUUUUUGGGGAAAAGACACCUUUCCUACGUCCCAACAUUAUUGAGGGUUCAUAUAUUGAUGUUGAACAUUACUUAGAUGUUCAGUUUCGUUUACUGAGGGAAGAUUUUGUUGCACCACUGCGAGAAGGACUAGCUAAAUAUUUGGAUGAAUCUAUUGAUAAAAAAAAAAAAUACAGAAUUGAUAAUAUAAGAAUAUAUCAAAAUGUUACAUUUGGAGACCCUAAAGUUGUAAAUGACUUGAUUGGCAUUUUUGUGCAUUUUGACCCGCAAAAGAAAAUGAAAAUUAAGUGGGAAUAUUCCAAAAGAUUUAUGUUUGGAUCAUUACUCCUUUUUACUAAUGACAAUUUCAAGAAUGUAAUAUUUGGUACCAUUCUUGAGAGAGAUAUUGGAGGAUUGAGAAAAGGUGAAAUUAUUGUAAAUCUUCAUCAGCAAAGUGAAAAACUUAAUGUUUAUGAAUCUCCUUUUCUCAUGGUUGAAUCAGAGGUGUAUUUUGAACCAUAUAAACAUGUAAUGAGAGCCUUGCAAGGAUUUAAUGAAAAUUCAUUUCCAAUGAAGGAGUACAUAAUAUUUGUUCAAAAAGACAGUCCUCCACCUAAGUAUUUACUCCAAUCACCAGAGUUUACUUAUGUUGUUGAUGAAAUUGACAUUCAAGUUCUGAAUGAGCAUUCUUGGCCAAGUAAAGAACAACUGGGUCUAGAUAAGUCACAAUUGGCUGCAUUCAAAUCUGCUCUCACUGAGGAAUUUGUAGUCAUUCAAGGACCCCCUGGAACUGGGAAAACCUUCUUAGGUUUGAAAGUUGCAAAGGCAUUACUACAAAAUACUCCAAUAUGGAAUAUCCAUAGAUCUCCAAUUUUAGUUGUGUGUUACACAAAUCAUGCUCUUGACCAAUUCUUGGAAGGACUUAUCUCAACAACAGAGGAAAUUGUUCGUGUGGGUGGUCAGUCUAAGAGUGCUGUGCUGAGCAAAUUUAACUUAAGAGAGAAAAGAAAAGUCUUCAAUUUUAGAAAAGCCAAUGCCCAUUUGAAAAGAGAAUAUCACUGCAUGAUGACUGAACUCAUGAGAUUUAUAAGAAUAUAUCAAGCUAAUUUGGAAGAACUUAAAAAACAUAGGGGAAUAGUGUCAGUUACUUUCUUAAAACAACAUCAAAUCAUUUCUUCACAACAGAUGCAUUGUUUUGAAUGCAGAGGUGCAAAAGAAGAUGAAAUUUUACAAGAAUGGUUAAUGCAAGGUUUUGAAGAAUAUUAUGGCAGUGUUUUUGAUAUUCAAGAGGACAGAGGUAUUGUUGAAGAUGAAGACAUUGUUGGAGGAGGAGCUGCAGAAGAAGAUGAAAUUUGGCACACUGCAGAAGAUGACCCAAUCCUUUUUGAUUUGGGCGACAUUGCGCAUAAUUUAGAAUAUGCAAUUGAUUUACAAAGUUUAGAAGAAAGGAUAAAGAAAUUUCAAAUCAUUUCUGAAACAUAUAAAAAUUCACCGUUGGCUCCUGAAUAUAGGUUAGAGGAAGAAAAUUGUUUGUAUCAGCAGGAGAUUUUGAAAUAUUUGCAAACCUGUUUAAAAAUGAACCAUCACUCUAAAGCUGCCUAUGUUCAAAGACUGCAUUCAUUUCGAAAUAUAUGGCAACUUAAUGUGAAAGACAGAUGGCUUCUUUACAAGGACUGGAUAAAUACCUUGAAGAACAUUCUAAGGGAAAAAAUACAUAAAAAUGAGGAACAAUAUAGAGACUAUGCAAAAAGGUUUGAGGAAAUCAAGCAAAUCUGCAAUGCUGAAGUCAUGCAGCAAGCUUUGGUCGUGGGAAUGACUACUACCAAUGCAGCAAGGUUGCAGAACUUACUGCAGGCAUUGAAACCCAGAAUAGUAAUUAUUGAGGAAGCAGCUGAGGUAUUGGAAUCUCAUGUGGUAGUCUCACUUACUAAUAAAUGUGAACAUGUUAUUCUCAUUGGUGAUCAUAAACAACUGCGACCAAAUCCUGCAGUGUACAAACUUGCCCGCCAAUACAAUUUUGAUAUCUCAUUGUUUGAAAGAAUGGUUAAUAAUGGGUUAAAAUGCCAUUGCCUUGAAAAUCAGCACCGCAUGCGACCUGAAAUUGCACAACUAAUUGUACCAACAAUUUAUCCAGAUCUUAAAAAUGAUCUAUCAGUUUACAAUUAUGCUGCAGUGCGUGGAAUAACAAAAUCCCUAUUCUUCAUCACACACAAUAUUCCUGAAGAAGAGGUAGAUGAAAUUAUGAGCCACAAAAACUGUUAUGAAGCAGAUUUUAUUUUAGCACUUUGCCGUCAUUUAAUUUGGCAAGGUUAUAAGCCUGAAGAAAUCACUAUUCUUGUAACAUACAAAGGCCAAAUGUUCUACAUGAAACAAAAACAGAAGCAGUAUUCUAUAGUGUGUGAUGUAAAUGUCACAGUAGUUGAUAAUUAUCAAGGAGAGGAGAACAAAAUUAUUCUGUUAUCUCUUGUACGUAGCAACAAAGAUGCAAAAAUUGGAUUUUUAAGCACUGAAAAUCGUGUAUGCGUAGCAUUGUCAAGAGCUAAAGAAGGAUUAUACAUCGUAGGAAACAUGGACAAUCUUGUGGAGUCCAGUAAAAUAUGGCCCAAGAUUAAAGAUUCUCUGAUGAAACAAGAAUCUUAUGGAACCCACCUUACCCUACAAUGUGAAAUUCACCAUGAUCAACAAACUUUAGUAAACUGUGCAGAGGACUUCAAGAAAGUUCCAGAAGGUGGAUGUUCUCUGCUCUGCGAAGUACAAUUGCAGUGUGGGCACCAAUGUGAGAGUGUUUGCCAUGUGAACAAUCGAGAACACAAGGAGUACAAAUGUUAUAAGAAAUGUGAACGGGUUCCACAAGAUUGUGAAUUUCAACAUUUAUGUAGAAAAUUAUGCUAUGAACCUUGUGGGAACUGUGAAAUACUUGUUGAAAGAAUUCUUCCUUGUGGUCAUGUGAAGACAUUACCAUGUUACGUCAAUAUCAAGGAAUAUCGUUGUCAAGAGAAAGUUGAAGUGGAACUUCCAAAUUGUCAGCACAAAGUUACUAAGCCAUGUUACAGAGAUAUUGCCACAUAUCCCUGUUCAGUUCCCUGCCCAGAUAGGUUACCUUGUGGGCAUAGUUGCACUUUAAAAUGCCAUGUCAUGGUGGAUCCAGACCAUUUGGAGUAUAAGUGCUGUAAACCCUGUCCCAAAACAAAUGCCGGCUGUACUAUGAAUCACCAGUGUACAAAACGAUGUUUUGAAGAAUGUGGCCUUUGCAACUACGAAGUUGAGAAAAAUCUACCCAAUUGCAAUCAUGUUCAAAGAAUGAAUUGUUGCAAGGAUCCUUCAACUUUUCAAUGCCCUAAAAAGUGUACUAAAACCAUGAUGUGUGGACAUGCAUGUCCAAGAAAGUGUUAUGAAGAUUGUGGUGGUUGUCAAGUGAAGGUAAAGAAAGUUAUUCCAUCAUGUGGACAUUAUAUCUUAAUAAAAUGCUGUGAAAUACCAGAUCAAGCACUUUGCAAACAGCCUUGUCAGAGGCUUCUUCCUUGUGGCCAUGGGUGUGUACUGAGAUGUGGACAAGAAUGUACUAAAAAGUGCUCCAAGUUAAUUCGAUGUCCUGUUGUACCACUAUGUGGACAUAGCAUUAACAUACCUUGUCAUUUAAAAGAAACUGCUGAUGCAAAAUCACAUCUUUUAUUACCUUAUUGUGAAAUGCCAUGUGGACAAUCGCUCUCCUGUGGACAUUAUUGUCAAGGAACUUGCGGAGAGUGCAUGCAAGGGCGCAUUCACGUUGUAUGUAAACAGAAAUGUGAUCGCAGUCUUGUAUGUGGACACAAGUGUAAGAUUCCUUGUUCAGCUUCAUGUCCCCCUUGCAAAGCGAAGUGUCAAUAUAAAUGCAAGCAUUCAAGAUGUAAUCGAAAAUGUGGAGAACCAUGUGCUCCAUGCCAGGAACGAUGUAAUUGGAAUUGUGAGCAUCUCCGGUGCAAUAAAAAAUGCCACGAGAUGUGUGAUCGCGAACCUUGCUACGAACCUUGCAAGAAGAAACUGAAAUGUGGACAUGAUUGCAUUGGUUUUUGUGGUGAUUUUUGUCCUCCUCUCUGCAGAACGUGUGAUGAAGAGGAAGUAACAGAAGUAUUCUUUGGAAACGAAGACAACGAAAAUGCAAGGUUUGUGUAUUUGGUGGACUGUAAACACACAAUGGAAUCAGAAGGUUUGGAAACAUGGUUGCAGCAGUCUGAUCGAGAAAUCGUCCAAAAAACAUGUCCUCGGUGCAAAACACCCAUUAUUCAAACACAGCGUUUCAUGAAUUAUGUGAAACAGAAGUUUAUUGACACAUCACGAGUGAAGAGGAAAGUUUUUGGUGAAAUAAAUUCCUUGGAAAAAGAAAGAAAGAAGCUCUCUAGAACUGUGAAAGAAAUGGAUAGUCUUUCGUUGAAAGGAGUUUUGACAAUGAGGAGCAAGAAAUAUCGUGAGUUGCUUACGAUGUGUUCUGUCCAAUUGAAUCAGGUACAAAACAAUCGUCGUCAUUUUUUAAGUCAAGGAGAUCUGCAAAGCAUUAAAAGUGAAAUUGAAAUUUUCAGUGAUUUGGUUACCAGUAUUGACACAUGCAUUAUUAAAUCUAAAAUACCAUUGAAAGAAAAUGUUGCAGAGAAACUUUUUAACCAGUUUGACUUUUUGCUGGAAAAAAUUCAAAAACGUCACGGUUCUUUUAGUGCUCAGGAAACAUCUGAUUUUAAUAGAGAAUGUAAACGUUUCUUUGGAGCUUGCCAGCUGGCUGUAAUAGAGAGUUCACCUAAUUUUUCAUAUUUAGUUUCUCAAGUAUCAGUGAAGACACUAUAUCAAAAGGCAUGUUCUAUUUUACUAUCAAUUGAAAUUUAUUCUGAUAAAAAACAUGUUGAAUUGAAGAACAUAAUUAAUACUUUAAAGAAAGCUGUCGGAAAUAUUGUGGUGAGUGAGCGUGAAAGGAAGGAGAUAGUACAAGCAAUUGGGCUAAGACAAGGGCAUUGGUUCAAGUGUCCCAAUGGACACAUAUAUUGUAUUGGUGAAUGUGGUGGUGCAAUGGAGGUUGCUAAAUGUCCAGAAUGUGGAGAAGCUAUCGGUGGUUCAAACCAUCAUUUGCUUUCUUCUAAUAGAUUAGCUUCAGAAAUGGAUGGGGCACAGCGGCAUGCUUUUGCUGGAGGUUUGUACUAAAGAAGUUAGAAAAUUGUAAUAAAUGAUAAUUACUUAAAGCUUCAUUAAAAAUGUAAUAUGAGAUUCAUGUCUUGCAUUACACUGAUUUAAGAUAUCUUUAAUGCAUGUUUUAAUACAUAUAUUGAAUUUCAAAAAAUUAUUCUAGUUUACUCCAUUAUAUUAAAAUCAUAAAUAUACUUUAAUUUCACAGCUGAUAAUUGCUGUGUGUAAUACCUUAAAUAUGAAAAUGAGAAGUAAUGCACUGGAAUUAAUUAUGCAUUGUUAUUGAGUGAAAUUUUGAAAUAAAACAUAGAAGACCUAUUAAACUUUUCCAUUUCAUAACUAUUCCAAUGUUUAGUUGAAGAGCCCAGAGCUACCUGAGCCUUGUUUUAUUUAAAAGGGUUAUUGGAUUAAGUAGCUUAAAGAAAAUAAACUGCUAUAGGUUUGAUUAUGGUGAAAAUAUGAUUAAAAAUAAUUAAGGAGAAGUUAUAAUAUUGUGUAAUUCAAGAAUUGUUAAAUUGCAAUUUGCAAAAUUUAUUAUCUAAAGCCCAAUUAGCAUGGAAUACGAUUCUCCAAAAGAUGUGUAUCAAAAAUAUACGGCAAUUAUUUUAUUACUUUUUAAAAAGUGUGUAAAUUGCCAAAUAUGAAUUUAAACAUGAAAAUUGCCAAAUAUCAGGGACCCCUUUCCUGUUGGCCACGAGUUUAUUUAUAAAGUAGCUCUGGUUGUAACUAAAAUAAAUUAAUUUUAGAAUCUAUCUUGUGUUUGUUUUUUUUUGUAACAAGUUAUUUAUUUUGUAUUAUUGCUGUGUUAUCAAUAAAUUAACGUAUAUUGUUCUUAGUCUAGAAUAUUUUCUGUAAAUAAAGCAGGUGAAUUGUACCGAUAUUGAAAAAUUAAUUCUGGAAAAAACAAACAUAUUUCACAAUGUGAUCAGUUUUAUUAAGUUAUAAAAAGUUAAUGUUAUAUUAAAAUGGUCAAGCAUGUAUCACUAAUGCCUUAACCGUAGUAGCACCAUAGGGCAAGACAGGCUAUACUGUUAACCUGUCUUUAAUGUAAAUGUUUCUGAAAAUUCACCCAUAAUUGCUCUAAAAAAAAAUUCAUCAAUGCUCAAUUGAAGUCAAGAAAUGCCAUGGACAAAAUUAUACUUAACGGAUGAGAAUGAAAUAUA